AUGUUUUAUGAUGACUCUGACAUAUCCCAGCUCUAUGAACUGUGGUGCCAGGCUACCUGUCUCAAGCAAGAGGGUCGUCCUAGCUCUACCUAUUUUGCCGAACUUAAGGUAAUCUGGCUUGAAUUGGACAAGAGACGUCAUUUUCAGAUGAAGUGUGUUGAUGAUAUGAAGACUUUUCAGGCUGUUGUUAUGGCAGAUCGUGUGUACGAUUUUUUGGCUAGCCUUGACGAUACUUAUGACAAGGUCUGUAGUGAUAUUCUAUGGAGUGAUAAAGUUCCAAGUAUCGAAAAUGUAUUUUUUAUGGUUUGUCGAGAGGCUCAACGCUAG